AUGUCUUCUUCGCAAAGGAAAAAAGGUGUGCCCGACACUAUCGCCUCGGAUCCGGAUGCAAAGGCCGCCAGAGAGUACGAGGAACAGCAUUCCUACAUGCAAACCGUCAACAAGUUCCGCCCUGCGAUCAAGUGGUCCAUCCUCUUCGCCAUAACCAUCGUCGGGGAGGGCUACGACCUCGCCCUCAUGGGCAAUUUCUUCUCUCUGGCCCAGUUCCAGAACCUCUUUGGCCACUCCUCGGGACGCGGCGCUGCCAAAGAGAUACCCGCUCUCUGGCAAUCCAUGAUCCUCACCAGCAGUCAGGCCGGGCAGGUCUCAGCCAUGUACUUUGCUGGCUUGUCCAUGGACAAAUACGGCUACCGCAAGACCAUGAUGGUAUCCCUCGGCACCGUUAUAGUGUUUCUAUUUGUCAACUUCUUCGCGACGGCGGUCUUGCCCACACGAGGCUACAACGCUGGCCUCGGAAUGAUUGCUGGCGGCAGUUUUCUCUUGGGCGUGCCGUGGGGUUCUUUCCAAGCCUGUGUGCUAGCCUACGCAUCGGACAUCUCUCCUCUGAAGCUCCGUCCGGCCCUCACGACGUUCAUUUCCAUGUGCUGGAUCUUCGGCCAGCUCUUCUCCACAGCAGCGAUCAAAACUGUGACGACCAUCCAGGACAACGACGUUUUGGCGUACCGUCUGCCCGUCGCUCUUCAGUGGAUUUGGCCUAUACCCAUUCUUAUUUGCGUCUUCCUCGCUCCUGAGUCGCCCUGGUGGCUCAUACGACAGUCCCGCCCCGACCUCGCGCGCCGCUCCCUCAACAGACUGAACAAAGAUGCGGCAUAUCCCGUCGACGGCCAGGUCAAGGUCCUCGAGCUCACCAAUGACCAAGAGAAGAAUUACGAUAACGAAUCGGAAAUCACCUACCUCGAAUGCUUCCGCGGCAUCAACCUCCGCCGCACCAUGAUCGUUGUGACGACGAACCUCACGCAACAACUCUGUGGAUCGGCGCUUAUGUUCUACUCAGCUAAGCUGUAUCAGAAGGCCGGUAUGAGCAGCUCCAAGUCGUACGACUUCACGCUGAUACAGUACGCAAUCGGUAUCAUCUGCAUCGUCACAUCUUGGCCCCUGAUGAAGUACAUUGGACGCAGGACGAUUUGGCUCUGGGGCCUGGGGGUUGCAGUUGUUCUCAUGGCCGGUGUCGGUGUCCUGGGGUUCUUCAACGACGCGCACGUGGCAAUUCCAUGGGUCAUUGCGGUUCUGCUUGUCAUCUUCACCGGCGUUUACAAUCUCUCAAUCGGACCGCUCGCAUACGCCAUCAACCCCGAGAUACCGUCGACUCGCCAGAAGGCCAAGACACUCGUCAUCGGUCGUGUAGCGUACCUCAUCGCCGGUCAGUUCAACAUGUGGCUAUUGCCGAGAAUGCUGGAGGACGUUCCCAACGGAUGGGGUCUUGGACCUCGCGCGGCAAUGGUGUACUCUGGCAUCAAUGCCGUAUUCUGGGGUUGGGCAUACUUUUGCCUGCCAGAGGUCCGAGGCAGGCCGCAGGCGGACAUGGAUGAAUUGUUCAAGAGGAAGAUCUCCGCGCGCAAGUUUUCCCAAGCAGAUAUCGAGUAA